GCAAAAUGUGUAUAAGUUCUGUGUACACUAGGGUUUCCUAUCUGUGCUGUUUAUUCGUGACGCAUCCCUUUGCUAGGUGGUUUUAAAGGAUAGUGCUGAAAAGCUGCAUGCAGGACAGGACUGAAGGAAUGCUGCUGAUCUCGACUGACUCAGGAGCUCAAUGAAAGCUUCUGUAAAGGUGUCGUGCUGUUUAUCAGUCCGGACUUUCUGGCUAGUUCACCAUCACCCAUCUGCUUUGCACGGCACCCGACACUUGAACCGAUUCAUCUGACACAGUUACAAUGAAAAGGAACAGCGUUUAUAAGUUUUUGUCAGUGUUUUCUUGCCUAAUUGUGUGCGUUUUCCUUUUGUUUUGGGUUUUUGUCUUUUACUCGAUGGUUUUGGCACCCUAAGACUUGUUUUGGACAUUAAGGCAGCACAAGAGGACUCAUCUAAAGCCCUAAAGCGACCGGUUAACGUUGUUUGCCGACAUCUCCUCAGCUGGAUAACGUGACGCUUCCGAGCUUUUCUCAGAAACGCGUGUAUGCUAACACCGACUACGAUUAGACAGCGUUUUUAAGUUGAAAUAUUAAACACGAAGCUUUAACUAGUCGCAGCAUCAGCGAAAAUAUCACCACGAGCACCACCGUCGCUACGGGGUUGAUUUUUUUUUAAAUUAAAUUAAUUUUAAAGUAAUUUGCGAAGCGCUAGCUCUGCUACGGUACCAAAACAAACAGACUGCGCAUGCGUGGAAGCCGACCGUGGUCAUAUGACCUAAACCAGGAAGUUCUGUCUGGAGUCAAAGCAUCGUUCCCGAUGGAAGCGGAGUCGACGGAGAGAGGCGCAGCCGCCCCAAAGCUACAGUUCGCCCCGUUCUGCAGUGCCCUGGAGGCAGGGUUUUGGCAUCAGCUCACCCAGAAGAAACUCAACGACUUCCGCUUAGACGAGAGUCCAAAAAACAUCAAAGGCUACUACUAUAACGGUGAUCCUGUUGGCUUGCCGACACGCUUGACGCUGGAGUUCAGCGCAUUUGAUGUUGAAGGAGCCACUCCGGCUCGCUGCUGUCCAGCUUCUGGAACUCUGUACAACACCAACACGUUAGAAGCCUUCAAAACCACAGACAAAAAAGCUCUCCUGGAUAAAGCAGCCAAUGAGAUUUGGAGCGCUAUUCAGUCAGGCGCUGCGCUGGAGGACUCCUCCAUCCUUAACAAAUUCAUCCUCUUGACAUUUGCGGAUCUGAAGAAAUAUCAUUUCUAUUAUUGGUUCUGCUUCCCUGCCCUUUGCUUUCUGGAGGGGGUCCUUCUGGAGCAGGAGCCGGUGUCAUUAGAGCGCAGCUUCUCUGCCAAACAGAUAUCAAGCUUGCAAACGGCGUACGAUAACCUUUGCGUCUCAAGUGGAACGACAGCGCUCCCGCAUUUUCUGCUCAAGUACACAGAAGAAAGUGUCGAAGUCGCUCCUCUGAAAGACUUGAGCUCCUUCUUCUCAGACCUAAAGAAGAUUACCGUGGGUGUGUAUGACCCAUGCACGCUUCCUCAACAUCCAGGCUGGCCUCUCAGAAACUUUCUCGUCCUCCUCGCAAAGAAAUGGGGUUCGCAGCUGGAUGUGCUGGAGGUUCUGUGCUUCAGAGACAGGACUCUACAAGGGAGCCGCUCGAUUCGGCACAGCAUCAUCUUUCGGGUCAAGCUCCCAGACCUCACGGCUUCUGCAGUAUGUCCAAAGAGUGUGGGUUGGGAGAAGAACCCUAAAGGUGCGAUGGGACCUAGAAGCGUCAACCUCAGUGAAUGCAUGGACCCUAAAAGGCUCGCCGAGUCUUCCGUCGAUCUCAACCUGAAGCUCAUGCGUUGGAGGCUGGUCCCGUCUCUGGAUCUGGAUAAGGUCGUGUCCACGCGGUGUCUGUUACUGGGAGCUGGGACUCUGGGCUGCAAUGUGGCGAGAACACUGAUGGGCUGGGGUGUGAGACACAUCACUUUUGUGGACAACGCGAAGAUCUCCUACUCGAACCCCGUGCGACAGCCGCUCUACGAGUUUGAAGACUGUCUGAGUGGAGGGAAGGCCAAAGCUCUCGCCGCCGUGGACAGGCUGAAGAAGAUCUUUCCUGGUGUGAUCGCAGAGGGCUACAACAUGAGCAUCCCGAUGCCUGGCCACCCAGUCAACUUUUCCGAGCUGACAAUGGCUCAAGCUCGGCAGGAUGUGGAACAGCUGGAGAAGCUUAUCUCCGAACACGAUGUGGUCUUCCUGUUGAUGGACACUCGUGAGAGCCGCUGGCUUCCGACCGUCAUCGCUGCUAGCCAGAGAAAGUUGAUCGUUAACGCUGCUCUGGGAUUUGACACGUUUGUGGUAAUGAGACACGGCCUUAAGAGACCCAAAGAGUCACGGUCUGACGAGUCCAGCCCGCUGUCUGCUUCCUCCAACUCCUCGUCUUCCUCCACACCAGCGGCCAGCGUCACACCAGGAGCGUCUCUGUUCUCCAACAUUCCCGGACACCGUCUCGGCUGCUACUUCUGUAAUGAUGUGGUCGCCCCCGGAGACUCCACCAGAGACCGGACUCUGGACCAGCAGUGCACGGUGAGCCGGCCCGGUCUGGCCAUGAUCGCCGGAGCCCUGGCCGUGGAGCUGAUGGUCUCUAUACUCCAGCAUCCUGAAGGAGGUUACGCUGUGGCCAGUAGCAGUGACGACCGGAUGAAUGAACCCCCGACCUCUCUGGGUCUUGUCCCUCAUCAGAUUCGAGGAUUCCUGUCAAGAUUCGACAACGUUCUUCCUGCAAGUUUGGCGUUUGACAAAUGCACCGCGUGCUCAGCGAUAGUUCUUGACAAUUACGAGCGAGAAGGCUUCCAGUUCCUGGCGAAGGUCUUCAACUCAUCACAUUCCUUCCUGGAGGAUCUGACCGGCUUGACUUUACUCCAUCAGGAGACUCAGGCAGCUGAGAUCUGGGACAUGAGCGACGACGAGAGCAUCUGAAGGACUCCUCUUCUGUGGUCACCUCACGGCACGUGGAUCCUUCACCGUAUACUUGUCUUAACCGUUCACAUCAAAUCCCAUCUGAGCCGUCAGAGCUCGUCUGUCGAGACGGAUAGCAGAAAUAAUAACCUGCUCGGGUCUAGUCCAGUCUUGUUCCGUCCUGAAAAUGUAAAUGUCAUUUAUGUGCCCUCGUGUUUUUGAGACGUGGUUCGUCUUCAAACACAAGAUAUUCUGAAGAAAGUUUGUAAAUUGAUGGUAGCCAUCGUCUUCCGUGACACAGAAGCUAGUGCUUACCAAAAGUCUUCAAAUAACGUGAGGGUGAGUAAAUGACUUUUUUGUUUUCAGAUUUCCCUCUCCAUAUUUUUAGUCCACAGUUGUUGGGAAGGCAUUUAAUCAGCCAUCUGUGCAUUUUUUCCCUCAUUUGCUCUAAUGUAACUCUAGAAAUGUGGCUUUCUGACGUUUGUGCUCAUAACGAACAUUAAAACCAACACAUUCACACAUUUCUGAAAGGCCCCGUGUCUUAUUUGCUUGCUCUCGGUCUUCCGGGUCCCGGAUCAGGUUAAAACACCGUUCACGGACUGCAGCUUGCAAUGACAUUUUAUUUUGUUUCUCAAAGGAUGAGUCGUGAGUCACAGCUGUGGUUUAAGAGCACUUUAUUGUUCAUUGAGGCUACUUAAAAGUACAAAACAAUGGCCUGCCAAAAGUUUGUUUUAUUCCAAGGAGAAACAAGGCCAUGAAAUGAGGGUAUAAUACAGAUUUACAAAUCAUUAAGAAGCACACUCGAGGUGAGAAGUGUUUUAAACGUUGUUGGUUUUGUGUCGUCGUUCUCCUGGAAGCGCACAUCAAAUAGAAAAUCUGUCAGCUCUAUCUCCAGCGACGGUACUGGAGCUCAGCAAGUCGCCGGGACUCGAGUCUGUUUGUUCAAUUGUCUCCAGAGACAGUCGAAAGCCUCCGUUCAGAAGUGUGUCGAGACUCAGUAGCCUUCAGAAAUAAUACACAAGUGGCUGUUACACUAACGCAGUGUUUUCAUAGAAUAACUGUGUUCCUGCACUUUAACCUUAAACAGACAAAACCUACAAACAAAAAAGAUCAACUUUUUUUCUACCAAAAAAAAAAAAAAAAAAGCAUGAU